UGUGGUUAGAUAUGCUGGCGCGGGUGUUUACUCGCGCGCUGUCCCCGCAGAAAGAAUCCCAAUAGUGUGUUCCGUUGUGGUUUUCUUGAGUGCGGCGGCGGUCCCAACAGAACCGAAUCGCAGUUUUCGAAGCCGUGAGAGAGCAAGCAGCAAACAAAAUAUGGAAAAAUGAGAUCAAUAGUGACCUGCGCGACCGUUGCUAAGCAGCUCUAAAAAGUGUGCACAAUUCUUAGCCGGUACGCUCCGGAAGUGCGUCUUGUGUUUCAGCUUCCGGUGGGCAGCCAACUGCAAACAUAGAAGCCGAGUGUGAAGUGAGAAACUGCGUCUGCAGCCGGAUUUUCAUCGUUUCGUCUCGUCAACACCACCGGAAGUGGUCAAGCUGUGCGUGGCGAACUAGGGAGCGGAGUAAAGCGAACAGCGCGAAAAGAGAAAUCGACAGAACGAGAUGGCCCUGGUGCGGAAGAAACUCGAUGACAAAAUACUGAAAACGCUCCGGGAGCUGGUCGGCGUCGGCGGCAACAAGGAAUGCUUCGACUGCGGCCAGAAGGGACCCACCUACAUCAACAUGACGAUCGGGUCCUUCGUCUGCACCAGCUGCUCCGGGAUACUAAGAGGACUGACGCCGCCGCAUCGGGUGAAGUCGAUUUCGAUGGCCACAUUCACGCAGGAGGAGAUUGAGUUUCUGAAACAGAACGGAAAUGACAACUGCGGCCGAACCUGGCUCGGGCUCUGGGAUCCGAAGCGUGCAAUCAAGCAGGAGCAUCGGGACUUUAUGAUAGACAAAUACGAACGGAAACGAUACUACCUGGAACCCGCUAGUCCGCUCAAAUCGCUGCCCACCAACGCGUCCAGCUCGCUGACGUCCCUGACGGCGGCGAAGAAUGCCAAUGAAAGUUUAGUUCCUCUCAAAACGCCAACGCUGACACCGCCGGCCACGUUACGAUUGCAUCGCCACAACUCCGGCUCGUGCAAUGGGCUGAACGCCACCGUGAGCGCGUCCUCGUCGUCCCUCGGAACGGCGGCGGGCUGCUUGACGAGCCAGUUUCAGCAGCAGUUCACACCGGACGACAGUGAUUUCUUCGGCCCGGCGGCCACGGUGACGGCGGAUCCGCCCAAAAUCCUGCCGCCGACACCGCAGAAGCACCCGAACCUGCAGCGCAAGAAUGGCAUCAAGAUGAAGAAGCCUGCCGGGGGCGGUGAGCUGGUUGGACCAACGACUUACGGGCGCAACCAGAAGAACGGUUUGCUGAACCACUCGGCGGCGACGGCGUUCACCGGUAGCAGUGGAGACAUCAACGCCAACAAGUUCACCCCCGACGGUGACUUUGUGGCCGACUUUGGGAGUGCCACCAUCAUCAGUACCGUUGCCAGCAACGGCGGAAGUCACUACGGAAGUGCCAGCAGCUUGAGGAACGGUGGCGGCGCCCUCGUCGGGUCGGCCGAAAACGGUGUCUACCAUAAUGGCGUCACGGCGAACGGUGGACCGGCCUCGAAUGGCGAACUGGAAAACUUUGCCGAUUUUGACCACAAUCCGAUUUUCAACUCGGCAGAAAACAUGAAGUCGUACUUCAGUUCCAACAGUAUCGACAGCAACAGCACGCCGACCAACAGUGUCAGCAGUAGUACGGCCAGCGUGCAAAGCCUGAACGGUUCCGAUCCGUUCGCCAACUUCUACUCGCUCACGCACACAAUGGCCAACGGUGGGGGCUCCGCCAAUUCGGCCGGAUCUACCGCGGGCACUCCUACGGGUGGUCCGUUGCCGCCCAAGCACCACCACCACGGUGGCUAUACGUGCAUGUCGUCACCGGAUGAAAAGUCGGCAAAGGUUACCAGCUACGGAUUCGGCAACACUUUCCCGGGUGAAACGCGUUUCGCAGCCAGCGGAUACGGCACCGGUUACAGUCACCUUCAAAACUACGCCAGCGUCGUCGUGGCCCACCCGCAGCCAGAGAGCAAUCGAACGAUGGGCAGUGCGGCUAAUGGCAGCUUCCACCACAAUAAUAACAAUAACAACGAUAACACGACGCUCGACAAUGUUCAGUGGAAUUUUUGGCAACAGUUCGGAAGCAACUAUUGGCCACCCGGGGCCGGCCGGGGUGGUGGUGAUGCUAGCUUUCAGCAACCGCAGCAGCAGCAGCAGCAGCAACAACAGCAACAGUAUCGCAACAGUAACAGCGCGCUACAGAUGAUGAGCCCGCAGCGUGCAGCAGGCCAAAUAAAUUAUUGCUCAGAUCCGAAUCGAUGGAGUCUUCCGGUGUCGGCGGGACUGAACGGUUCACACGUCAACGGGGGUAGCAACGGCAACAACAUGCACACCACAACACCGUCCAUCGAUCGAUACGCCGCCCUGAAGGAUCUGGACGAGCAGUUCCGGGAGAUUAAGCUGGAGGCCGAAUCGAACAACAACGGCCCGCUAACCGCGUUGAAAGCUUCGGCCGGCACCAGCGCAAGCGAUCCUCACUCGCACGGACCGGCGAACCCGUUCAAAACGGCCAAUCCGUUCCAACAGUCGCCAGCAGCGUGGCCAAUCGCAGCGCCCACCAACGGUUCCCCGGUCAUCGGAGACCCACGGCAUCAGCCGACCAAUGGGACCAAUGGCGGAUUCUACGCAACGUCCCCGUACCAGGGUGGAUUCGUGCAGCCAGGCAGUGCGUCCCAUCUGUACAACGGUAACGUCAGCGCAUCUACCGGCGUUACACCGGUGGCCGGGUACCAUCAUCCUGCCGCUUACCAUCAGAAUGGCAACGGCUACGCCAUGGUCGGAACCAACGGGGCAAUGAUGGUGAACGGUAGUGGUGGACCGCAACUGUUGAACAACGUGCCGGUUCACCAUUUUGGCAACUUUGGAAACCCAUUUAUGGCUGCCGGUACGACUGCGGGCCACUCGAAUAAUCCCUUCUUAUGAGUAGCUUCGUAGAAGAAUGUGUAUAGCUAGUAAAUUAUCUGUUUCGAUUAAAAGCUGUUUAUGUGUGUCCCUGGCCCCCCUUCCGGGUUAAGCUUAUUUCUUUUCUCUCUUUCCCUCUCGAUGAUGAGACAGUGAUAAUGAGGCAUGCGCGUGUUUGAGAUGAGGUGGUAGAGACACCCAUUGUAUGGUCACACAAGGCAUCAAAAAGCAUUCGGGACAGGGCCACCACCUUUAAGCGAUGUAUAUACAUUUUAAUGUACUACAGUGCCGGUAUGCGCAAACAAGAAUUACAAGUUUUAUUUAGUAACUAGCAGCACUCCGUAGCCCGGCCGAUGGCACACGCUAAAUUAUUAUCAUCCUUACCAUUCACACCGCCCAAGAGCAGGGCAGAUUCGGAAGGCUUCGUUCAUCGAUCCGGUUUAAGUGCAGUAGUUCCGGCGUUACUCAAAGCUUUAGCACCAGAGAGAGAGACAGAGCCACUCACCAGAGGUUUCAUUUAAGAGGCGAUGCUUUUGAGCUAAAACGUUAGCAAGGUUUCCCGAGGGCCGUGUCACCGCGAAACAAACGCGUAGAGUUAUGAAACGUUUACAUAGCCAAGCCAGACGCUUACACAGUCGUAUCCGAAUGCCCAGCGGAACCCUAGAGUACCGGUUUUGAGUGUCAUUCAAAAUGGGAUAUUCACACGGAUGGAGCCACUUGGGGGUUUGCUGCUGCUUUCAAUCGCUAGCUUCCCUUCCCGGCCGGCAGCUAAAACGCUUAUCACACGGAACUUUGCAACGGUCGCAAAGAAACGGGGUGUGCAGUGUUUGUAGGGUGCGGCCCAUGCGAAGCUUAGCGUCCUACGGGCGCAUUCUCUCUUCCAGGAGAACUCCAUCGGCACAGUUUCCAAGCACAUGACAAACAGAACAAAGACAGAACGCGUGAUGAUCACAGCAGCCUCGGCAGACCAGGUGUCGCGUUAGCGUAAUCAAAGUUCCCUUUGGUGGCAGACGUAGGUUUAAAAAUGGCGAAUGGCGGAGCAGCAGCCACGUUAGUAGUGCGAAUAGUAGUGACAACCAAGAUGAACAAUAUUUUUAGCAUAAAACGAUCAAAUCGAACAAAUUAUUGGUGGAAAAGUUUAUGGAAAGUUGUAGAAAAAUAGACGGAGAUGAGACCUUUUAAUGACGUUUACUGUUUUGUUUCGCUUCGAAAGAAUUGUGCAUCGCUCUCGGUUUCGUUGAUAAAAGGGUGCACAAUAAGCAUGCAGACUACCGCUGUACUGGUUGUACAGCAGGAAAUAAUAGGGAUGGAAUUUAGGAGAGCAGAGCCAGUUUGUCGGAUCGGAUUUUAAACCCACUAAUCUUGCUAAGAAAUGUCGAACAAAGAAGAGUAUUAUAAUUAGAAGGCAACUGACGUUGACAACCAAAAUGGUAAAAAUGUUUUAUCAUCUCUCUAACAAACUUUUUCUCUCUCGCUCUCUCUCUCUCUCCCACUAGCUUAAUGCGAGUUCAGUAUUGGUUUGAGGGCAAUGGGAGAUGCUUUUAAUAGAGAUUUUAAAGUCCCAACAUUCUUAAACAACAACAAAAAACUGAAUAUUUCCUACUUAAACAAGACCGUUUGCAACGAUUUUAAACGCAAGCAGAAGAUGUUGAUGUUGAGACCAGAAACCUAUUAGUGACUGCAGACACCAGUCUUUGAAUCUUAGAACAAAUCCAUUAAAACAGAUUCCCGGCGGUAUAGUGCAUCGCGUCGCAACCGGACCUAGUUGAUCAAAGGUAUACUUCAGCAAACUCUGCUCAAUUAAAAGCGAACACAUUAGAAGAGUCUUCGCCCUUUUAUUCCACUCGAUAAUAUCGGUCCAACGGUUCUCUUUGCCGGAAGUAAAAACACUCACCAACGAGGUAGCUUCGUGGCACGAUGAUGAUGUUGUAGGGAUGACAUAAAUGUGGGCUUAUAUAAAGAAGACGCUUAUGUGGCCUUAUAUCUAAAAGAACAAAACGUGAGGUAAACUAAUGCGCUAGUUUUGUAGAUUGAAACGGAGAUCUAAUAAACACUGCAUGGAAAGCUAACACCAAGAACACCUUUGACUCGCCGUGUGCAUUGCGUGUAGUGAUAAACUUCCGACAGACACGGUAGAAACGGCCAUCCGUGUAAAGAUGCAGCGGGAGAACUGAAAACACUGGAGACGAAAAGCGAAACGUUUUCAAGUAUUUGCGUGCCAGGGCCAGUGUUUUACCAAUACUUUAACUGCCGAAUCUGGCAGAAAAGGGGAUGACGCGAUUCUUACUCGUUAUUGUGUAGGCAAGUUUUAUCCGAAUGCAUUACCAUCGAAAAUAUAGCUUACAGAAAAAUGUAUUUCCUUUCACUGUCGCUUUCUGGGAGAGGAGUUACUAAUUGUGCUUAGGUAACGGCGAAGUAUUGGGAACGGAACGCAAGUGUAGGAUGAACGGACAUACCAAGCAAAAUGAAUGCUAAGUGAUACCCAACAAACAGAACAUCAAACAAAUGGAACGGUAAAACAGAACACGAGUGAUUUUGAGAUUAGCCUAGCUACACCACGGCAUUGCGCCUUAUCAGCUUACAAUAGAUAGAUAAUUUUGUUUAAAAUGGCACAACUCGCAUACUGAUCGCGCGGCUGAUCUUCUUCAAGCAAGAUCAGCAUAAUUUCGACGCCUUAAGGGCGAGUGAUGUGACAAGAAUGUGAUUAUUGCUGUUGGAACCCCAGAUCCUAGCGGCAAGGCGUGGCUUACAUCUCUUUUGUGCCUUAAUUUCCCGCUUAAUCAGAAUGUGAUGGUUGUUGUAUUUCAAGAAAGCCGGUUCGUACUCGCGUUACAAACACGAUCCAAUCCGUUUCAUCCCAUCCCGUCGCGGCUGUUCGAUUCAUACUUUUUUGACCCCCCAAAGAUACUGUUCAGAGGGAAAAGGCUUUCUAUCGUUCGCGCGCCAACGUGUUAUGUCACGGUGGCAAAAAGGUUCGUUUAGCUCCGUCCUAUAAUACACGUAUUACGCCAAGACGCGAACUGUGUGCUUUGAAAUUUGUAAUGGCACCAUUUUAUCGCUUAAGGAGAAACGUUUAGAUACCGCCUUUUGUCAUACUCUCCGUCACCUUUUUCGCGUUAGAUCACUAAGUACGGCCGAUUCCGGUAGCUCGAUACCACUAUGUGCUAUGCGGGUAGAGAGUCGACGAAUUAGUGCAGAAACUGCUGCUCGGAAUGGCGAUGGAUGGUUGCGAUUGGGACACAAAGUUGUGAAAAGGAAAAGCACUGAUACCUAAACGAGACGCAGAUAUACAAACUGUUGUGAAAUAUUUACUAACAAGCCUGGCUAAUGGUUAAACGAUUUUUAAUUCAGUAACAAAUUAAAAGAAGUAAAAUAAAAUAAAUUCGACGUGAAAGAGUCAACAUGUUCAAGCAAAAUGGGAUAUAUCUACCUACACACUAUCGUAGCGAAAAAUGUAGAGAUGUUUUAAAUAAAACCCGAUAAGAUACGUCUAUAUAUACAUACCUUAUACAAGCAUACUAUAUAAAGAUAAAAUAACAAGUUUAUGAACUAAUUAUGUUGCAAA